AAAUUCCAACAAUGGCAACAUGGCGGCAUUGCAAAUUGGGGCGCAUUUGGUUGAAUUUUCAGGAUGUAUCCUGCUCAUUCAAGUCACUGUUCAAACUUCAGGGGCUGCCCUCCUAGCUUUCUCGUCAGGUAAUGGACUCAGCCAGAGCAUUGCUGAGUUUUACCUGCUUGCACAAGCAUUUCGAAGGGAAAGCAAGGGGAAAGCAACGCAUAGAACAUUUUGUAUCAUUGCUUUGCGGAGCAUGAUUCAAAAAUCAUCUCUGUCCCCAGCCUAGAGAGAGGAAGUCACCUGCCGCGUUAUUGGCUGUUCAUUCAGGAGGAAUGCAGGAGUUUGCAAAAAUAAGCGAGACGCCGGGCGUUCAAUUUGCCUGCAAGUGGGGAGUGGUUUCUUAAGAUCUUAGCAAGUUGCGCCGAAACGCCAGAUGAGCAUAAAUGCUUUUUAUGUGUGAGACCCUUGAUUGCAAGCGAUUAUAGAGGCGUAGAGGCCGUAGGAGCAUUUUCACUCUAGCUGCUAGCAAGUAGGUAGACCGAUCAUUUGAUGAUGUGGAUUCUGACGGUAGCUGAGCCCCUUGCGAGCUCUCAUCCAAGCAUGGAGGCCCUGUAAAUUGUGGGAGAAUGGUUGAGGUCACCUUGGAACAGCUGAGCACAGCUGUCGCUGCUACCCAGCAGGGCCUCAAGCAAGCUGCAGAGACAGAUGCAGCAAUAUGGAGGUUGCAAGCCGCCACAAUCGUCUUUUUCAUGCAGGUUGGGUUUGCGUUUGUAGAGUCUGGGUCGGUCCGUGCGAAGAACACCCGAAAUAUCAUGAUCAAGAACGUGAUGGACGCAUGCUUUUGUGCGGUCGCCUUUUGGUCCUUUGGGUGGGCCAUCGGGUUUGGAGACGGCUCCCGCUUCAUUGGCUGGAAGAAUCCCGCAGGGCAGAUCGCACUUUUUGAUGAAGGGGAGCAGGUCAACUUCUUCUUCCAGUACACGUUCGCCGCCACGUCAGCAACGAUCGCCUCCGGAGCAGUCGCCGAGCGCUUCCAGGUCCGGGCGUACCUCAUCUACAUUUUCGUCCACAGCGCAUUUAUGUACCCAAUGAUUGCGCACUUCGUGUGGUCCGAGCACGGGCUCAUGAGCGCGCGCGUUCGGACGCAGGCCUUCGUAGGCACGGACGGCGUGCUGGACAACGCGGGCUCGCUGGUCGUCCACGUGUCAGGUGGCGUCGCUUCAUUGGUCGGCGCCUGGAUGGUCGGGCCCCGAAUCGGACGGUACGACAUCGAAGGGCGGCUGGUUCCGUUCAAGCCCAACUCGAUCUCACUUGUUGCGGCCGGGACGCUCAUACUGUGGGCCGGUUUCUACGGCUUCAACGCGGGCAGCGUAGAUCUGAAUGGACUGGGGUUGGAGGUGUGGUAUCACCAACUCGCGCGCGUCUGCUGCAACACCACGAUCUGCGCCGCGUUUGCCGGCUGCACCGCCUACAUCGCGACCACGCGCCACGGGGGAUCCCCCCCGGACCAUCUAUUUAACGCCGUUCUGGGGGGGUGCGUGGCGGCCUGCGCGACCAGUUCCGUCGUCGCCAGCUGGGCGGCGGCGGUGAUUGGAGCGAUUGCGGGAUUGUUAUAUUUGGGGGGCGUGAAACUACUGGCCCUGCUAGAGAUCGACGAUCCGGUCCACGCCAUUCCGGUGCACCUGGCCUGCGGAACCUGGGGCGCCAUCAGCGCGGGCUGCUUCGCUACAGCGGACGGAAUUCGGUCGACGUACGGAAUCGCGAGCCCACGAGACGUGGGGAUCUUCUACGGGGGGUCAGGAAACCUGCUGGGCCUGCAGAUGCUUGCGAUUCUGGGGGUGUACGCAUGGGUGGGCGGGGUGUCCUUUGUGCUCUUCGCGGUGCUACACUACUUUGGGAUGCUGCGGGUGCCCAGGCACGAGGAGGAGGUUGGGCUUGACGCGGCCUUGCACGGUGGUGAAGACCCCACCCUUCGAAGCCGCACGAAAGGGGACCCCGACGCGGAGGGGCCGCGGUUUGGGCUUCAGAUGUCAAAUCUGAGGAGGAGGUUCUCGCGAGUCUCUUCCGACUGCCUCCGCCCGGGCCCCAGCCGGCGAGACCGGGGCGGCAUGUGGCAUAAGAAGCUCAAGCGGACGGCGUUCGGCGAGUUUAGCUACGCCAUGUACGAGGCCAACUACGUCAUGGAGGACACGUCACAGGUGGAAACCAGCAGCAGCGGAGUUUUCAUGGGCGUGUACGACGGUCACGGGGGCCCGGAAGCGUCCGCGUUCGUCGAGUCGGCUCUCUUUGCGAAGAUCCAGGAGGCAAUGCUAACCAUGGGGGGAAUGUCGGAACAGACUAUUGUCCGAGCUUUUGAGGCUACAGAAGAACAUUUCACCACUCUAGUUCGCCAAGAGUUUGAAGAGGCGCCCCAUUUGGCGUGCGUCGGAUCCUGUGCGGUGAUCGCUCUCGUUUCGGGCUCCACUUUGUACGUCGCCAAUUGCGGCGACAGCCGGGCGGUGCUUGCCGUGCGAAGCGGACUCGGCCCUCCGACCGCUGUGCAAUUGAGCGUGGAUCAUAACCUCAAAAACAUUGAGGAACGAGCCAGGUACCUAGAAGAGCACCAGGGUCAGGCUGACGUCCUCCUCGAGAUCCGAGGGACGUUCCGGAUCAAGGGCAAGCUUCAGGUCACUCGAGCGUUUGGCAACUGUUACAUGAAGAGCCUCGAGUUCAACCGGCAGCCGCUCUUCCCGCGCUUUCGGGUGCCGGGCCGAUUCACACCGCCACUCAUCACGGCCAAGCCGCACAUGGUGGUCCAGCGGAUCCGGCCCGAGGACGAGUUCCUGAUCCUGGCGUCAGACGGGCUGUGGGAGUACGUCGGCAAUCAAGAAGCCGUCGCGAUCGUCAAUGCGAACCCGCGGCAGGAGAUCGCACGUCACCUGGUCAAGGUGGCCCUCCAGCGCGCGGCCAAGAAGCACGAGGUGCCCUACUCGGAGCUGCUGCAAAUGAGCGCGGGCAAGCGGCGCGAGUUCCAUGACGACAUCACCGUCAUCGUCUUCUUCUUCUCGCACCGCCACGUGUCGGACUCGGGGGACAACACGGUGGCCAAGCUGUCGGGCUGGCAGAGGACUGUCUCGACGGUGGGCGGGACAUCCGGAGACCAAAAACGAAUGAGCAGGAGAGAUUCGUUUGAGGGAUCCGGGCACAGCAUGGAAAAUGUGAGGUCGUUAAGUGGUGGGUCCGGUCACGGUCGCAAUAACCUAACCUCUCUCGUUGCCGCGAGACUCGAGGGAUCCCGCACCAAUUUGGCGACGCUGACGAGUGGGGUUGAGCUCGAGGAGUCGGGCCACGGGGGAACUAGACUGAGCGAUUUCCUGGAGAGGUCCAGUAGCCCGGUAAUGGCUGAAGGGCAUGGGCAUGUGAGAACGACUGGGGAUACUUUGGACGAUAACUUAUAAGGGCUCGUGCCGACUAAACCGCGGGACAGGGUUUGGUCCAUUCCGGUAGGUUCUAAGGCAGUAGGAUCUGGUGCAAGUCUUCAUCGCUAGUGAGCGAUGCGGAACCAGCACCUACCUUUUACAGACCAACAUUGAAGCUGCAUUGGCCCCAAUUGUAGCACAAAAGGACACAUGUAUGUAGUGACAGUCAAUUGUCUGAUACAGACGACGGUAUGAGGUGCAUGAACGGUUUCAUGUUUGAUCGGUGGCCGAACGGCGGUACAUACGGCUUACAAGUGUUUUCACGCCGGCAACCGUAGUCAGAGCUAGCAGUGUUUUUUACUCUCUGCCGAACGAUAUUCCGACGUACAAGCAAGAGAUUGAAGCUUCGAUUAAGGAAAGUCCAACUUCAAC